ACUUCAUUUCAGUUAUCAAAACAAAACAAAGUUAUCACAGUGAGUGACAAUAAUUUAUUAAAACAAUGUUUAUAAGAAUCGGAAUGGUUCCUUACUUUUCGCCAGUGUUUUAUGCCAGAAAUUAGAACCAGGCGAGCUUAUUUUCAUCUUUCAAACACUUCCAAAACUCACAAAUUAUCUUUUCUUUACUAACGGGACAUCAAGAUUGUCACAGCGUAUACAUGAUGUGCAGUAACAUGUCUGUUCCGAGCUUGCAGACACUGUGCCUACAUGAAGUCGUUGAGCACAUAUGGAGGAACUCUCAUCUACCCAGUGCUCUCCUUGAAGUGGCUGAUUGUGUUAAGCGAAAACGUUCUGGUGAAAGUUCCAUUCUCUUUAGGAAAGAAUUGACAAAAGCUAAUAGAAAAUAUCAACAAACAAUUAAAAUAAUACUGAAGAAACUGAAAACUACAGAAUAUAUUCCUACUAAACUUAAGUUGAAGAUUGCACUGUCUGUGAUGAGACUGGAAAAUGAUGCUCUGAAGAGUAUUUUGGACCUCUGCAAGCAUUUACAUGAUCCAACAAAGGAAAAUAUUGCAUACUGUAUUGACAAACUAAUAUUUACUAGUGAUUGCACAGUAGACCGAACUGCUACCAUUCUUACAAUAUGGCAGCAUUCAUUUAUGAAUGUAGAUAUUCUCACCAAUAAUCUACUAAGGUUCUGUUUGUUGCCAACUGAUAUGUUAUAUGAAUUGAUAUUCAUCCAGUCUUGCUCCUCAGAAAAAAAACAGAUGAAAAAGAAAAUAUUUAAUGUGAUUACCUCUAUUAAGCAGUGUGACUUAUAUGGUGAGUUCAAAGAAGAGGCCAUUGAUUACAUUUAUCCAGAAUUGGAUUCUGUCCCUCCGUACCAGGAUUCAAUAACCUUCAUGCACAUCAUGUUGUAUGCUAGACCAGAGAUUUUUAGAUAUUUAUAUGAAAAUGCCCCUUUUGUAAAAAGAGAACAGAAAUUGGUGGCAGCCACAGUUGGGGUCUUAUCAUGUGGAAAACAAAACUCUGCAAUUCAAGAAAAUAUUCUUCAUUCUUACAGAAGCCUUACUGCAAAGAUGUUCCUAAAAAUUUUGACUAGAUUUUACAAAGAAAUAUAUAAACAAAUGUUCUUUGGUAUAUUCAGUUCUACAUGUCUUGAAUUUUUCAAUUUAUUGUUGAAAAAUUAUCAUUUUAAAAUAUGCAGUGAUAUUUUAAAAUUUAGUUUGGAGCUUCUGUCUUCAGAAGUUCCUAAAACCUGCUACAAGAACAUUAUUUAUGCUAAUAGCAAAUGCACAUUCUUGGAUAUGUGGAGUCAAGCUCCAGACUCAGUGAAACUGCUUCUUUGUGAAGGAUUCAAUGACAUGAUGGAUUGUGCUCUCAACAACAAUGAUGUGCAGUUGCUCUGCAUCUUCCUUAAUGAUAGUGCAUUUUCAAAUGAAGAAAAACAACUGCACUACAUUCACUUAUUCAGUAGGCUAGUCCUACCCUCAGACCAGGACAAAGUGAAUGAAAUCACAGAAGAAGUGACUGGAUUUGACAUUAAUGAAAUUAUCAAUAACAUUAAUGUAGCCAAUUUCAAAAAGAUUCUGCUCAAAAUUUGUGAAACUCAAUGUAAUUUUGAAGACCUGGUAAAAAAACUAGGUGAGGAACUAUUGAUUAACUAUAAAAUAGAACUGACUAAAGAUAAACAGUUCAUGAUUGAUAUGAUAAGUGCAGUCCUGUUCACAAGUGAUGCAGAAAACAAUAUGAAAUACUUGUUCAUGUGGCUGUUCAACAAUGAAACUGAUGCUCAACAUUAUGUGCAGAGGUAUUUGGUCUCAGAUCUUUGGUUAGCUGAUCUAUACAAAACAUAUUUGCUGUCCACAGCAACCAAGUCUAUCUUCCCAAAUACAGAUAUUUUCAAAUAUUUCAAUGUUCCUGGUGAUGUUCAAAAGGUGAUAAAAGAAAUGACUCGCAAUGAUGAGGAACUAGUGUGUCAACUGUGUGAAAAGUAUACUGCAAGAAAAUUCUGUCAGAUAUCAAAACUUUUGCCAAGCCUCUUUGAUGAUGAGUCCAAAAACGAACAAUCAUUAUUAAAAAUGCAAUUUUUGGAAUCAAAACAUGGUCAGCAAGUGAUUUACCAACUUUUUAAGUCAGACUAUUAUAAUAAAGACUGGUAUAUGAGUUUCCAGUUCCGUAAAACAAUCAGACACUAUUUUCAGUUUCAAAAGCAAUGGCUGAGCAAUGAUAGACUUGUGCGUGUUGGGUUUAAACAACUAUUGAAUAGCCUUCCACACCCGAAUUCUGCUAAGAUUAAGACAGAAGAAUUUAAUCACUUGGAGAUCAAACGCCCGACCAAAAGAAUCCCCUUAUUUCAUUCAGAGAGUGUUAGACAAAACCGGGCGAUAGUAGAUGCGAAUUAUCGAAUGUUUCGUAGUAUAGUGUCACUGCCACCCGAGUACAGGGACCGCGCGUGCGGUCAGUUCGAUGAUGACAUGACUGGCCCCAUCACUGAGUGGACUGAAAGUUUCACGACAAGGUGGUUAAUUCCUCUGCAUAUACCUGUUGUACUGUGAUGGCGAUGUUAGAAGUAGAUAUAGCUACUUAGGUACCUAAAGGUGGGUACUGACCAACGUUACGAGGUGUUAUGUAACAUGUUACACAGCGACCAUUUAUUUUGUGCAGUGAGUACGCUGCGGUUUCCCCGUAACACUACGUAGGUACUGACUGCACGAAUGCUCGCUGUGUAACAUGUUACAUUACACCUCGUAACGUUGGUCAGUACCCACCUUUCGUAUUUAUUUUACAUAUUGUAAAUAGAUUGUCUUAGGUGUAGGUUAACAAGGUAUGACUUUGCUCUUAGGGGUUCUUAUUUUACUUAGAUAAGUACCGAUAGUACAUUUCGGUACAAAUAGAUAAAGUACAUAAGUAAUAAGUAAACUAUGGUUGUGUUUUAUUAAUUGUCGUUCUUUUAUCGAAGAACAUUACGUAUCUAGUUAUAUUGUGUCAGUAAAAAUU